AGAUGGAAAAGAUAAGGUUAGAGGCAAGCUGCCUUUGAACGACUCUCUAAAGAUCAACUGCAUCCUGCCCCGGUCCCGCUGCUGUUCCUCCCUUUCAGUCGCACUGAGGGGUGAUGCCCAAGGCGCAUCCCUUUUCAGAACUGGACCAUGAACAACUUCAUCCUCCUGGAAGAACAGCUGAUCAAGAGGUCCCAACAGAAGAGAAGGACUUCACCCUCAAAUUUUAAAGUCCGUUUCUUUGUCUUAACGAAAACCAGCCUGGCGUACUUCGAGGACCGCCACGGGAAGAAGCGCACAUUGAAGGGCUCCAUUGAACUCUCCAGAAUCAAGUGUGUGGAGAUUGUCAAGAGUGACAUUAGCAUCCCGUGCCACUAUAAAUACCCUUUUCAGGUCAUGCAUGACAACUACCUCCUGUACGUGUUUGCUCCGGACUGUGAGAGCCGGCAGCGCUGGGUGCUGACCCUUAAAGAAGAAACGAGGAACAACAACAGCCUGGUAUCCAAGUAUCACCCUAAUUUCUGGAUGGAUGGGCGGUGGAGGUGCUGUUCCCAGCUGGAGAAGCUCGCAGGAGGCUGUGCUCCCUACGACCCAACCAAGAAUGCUUCAAAGAAGCCUCUUCCUCCUACUCCUGAAGACAACAGGAGGUCAUUUCAGGAACCUGAAGAAACCCUGGUCAUUGCCUUGUACGACUACCAAACCAACGAUCCUCAGGAGCUGGCGCUGCGGUGUGACGAAGAGUACUACCUGCUGGACAGCUCUGAGAUCCACUGGUGGCGCGUUCAAGACAAGAAUGGGCAUGAAGGGUAUGCACCAAGCAGUUACCUGGUGGAAAAAUCUCCAAAUAACCUUGAAACCUAUGAGUGGUACAAUAAAAGCAUCAGCCGAGACAAAGCUGAGAAACUUCUGUUGGACACGGGUAAAGAGGGAGCAUUCAUGGUCCGAGACUCCAGGACGCCCGGGACAUACACUCUCUCUGUUUUCACCAAGGCCAUCAUAAGCGAGAACCCCUGUAUAAAACAUUAUCACAUCAAAGAAACAAAUGACAGCCCCAAGCGGUAUUAUGUGGCUGAGAAGUAUGUGUUUGACUCCAUCCCUCUCCUCAUCCAGUAUCACCAGUACAAUGGAGGAGGUUUGGUCACUCGACUCCGGUAUCCAGUUUGCUCCUGGAGGCAGAAAGCACCUGUCACAGCAGGGCUAAGAUACGGGAAGUGGGUGAUCCAACCGUCAGAGCUAACUUUCGUGCAGGAGAUUGGCAGCGGGCAGUUCGGGCUGGUGCAUCUCGGCUACUGGCUUAACAAGGACAAGGUGGCCAUCAAGACCAUUCAGGAAGGGGCCAUGUCAGAAGAAGACUUCAUCGAGGAGGCAGAAGUCAUGAUGAAACUCUCUCAUCCUAAACUGGUGCAGCUGUACGGGGUGUGCCUGGAGCAAGCCCCCAUCUGCCUGGUGUUUGAGUUCAUGGAGCACGGCUGCCUGUCGGAUUACCUUCGAAGUCAGCGGGGUCUCUUCGCUGCAGAGACCCUGCUGGGCAUGUGUCUGGACGUGUGUGAGGGCAUGGCCUAUCUGGAAAAGGCCUGCGUCAUCCACAGAGAUCUGGCCGCCAGAAACUGUUUGGUGGGAGAAAACCAGGUCAUCAAGGUGUCCGACUUCGGGAUGACAAGGUUUGUCCUUGAUGAUCAAUAUACCAGCUCCACGGGCACCAAAUUCCCAGUGAAGUGGGCAUCCCCAGAAGUGUUCUCUUUUAGUCGCUAUAGCAGCAAAUCAGAUGUGUGGUCAUUUGGUGUGCUGAUGUGGGAAGUCUUCAGCGAAGGCAAAAUCCCGUAUGAAAACCGAAGCAAUUCCGAGGUUGUGGAAGACAUCAGCACCGGCUUCCGGUUAUAUAAACCCCGCCUGGCCUCCUCUAAUGUCUACCAGAUCAUGAAUCAUUGCUGGAAAGAGAAACCAGAAGACCGGCCACCCUUCUCCCAGCUGUUAAGUCAGCUGGCUGAAAUCGCAGAAUCUGGACUUUAGCAGGGGCUCAUUGACCAUCCACAGCCAUGAAUCCUGAGUGAAGGAACAAUGUCCUUUUUCCAGAGCAUUAAAAGCUACCAGCCCAGGACCCCCACAGGUGCCUGGACCAGGGUGCUCGCACCUAUGCAGCCACAACUGCAGCAUCCUAGAAGAGGCUGGAGGGCCAGCCCUGAGCCAACAGCUGGACCACAGCUGGAGCAGUGUCUCUGUGUCCACCCCAUCCAAGCCUCUUGUCAUAUGCUACACUCAAAGCUCCAUCGCCUGCUCUCAGGGCAUCCCUUCCCCUUCUUGGCAGUCAGGAGAGGCAGACGUGGGCCACGCUCUUCUUUUUAUUCCUAUUUUGAGAAUAGUUCAAGCAACCUUUCAUUUGACCAAAGAAGACAAUAUGCCCAUUUUAUGGGUGGAAGAAUAGGAAAGCAUCAUUCUUUUUCUAAGAAAUGCAAGAGGUGAUUAAACCAGGCUGCUCUACUACUGCAAGGCUGACAGCCACAGCUUCCAGCCUCACAUGAGGUGGAGUGGAUGCUUGUGCUAGAGGCUGGAUGUCAUAAGGUGUCGGAGCACACUGCCACCUCGCUUUGAUGGGGCACAGUGAGCUCCACUGGGUGGAUAGAGUGGGGGUGACACAUUCAGGCCCCACAGCUGGACCACCGGGUGUCUGAGGUUGGUCAGGAAUGAGAGGACCUCUGAUGUGAGAAUAAACAGGUACAAAAGAAGUCUUUGGGUAGUUACUGAUCCAGUGGCCUUGUGUCAUGGUGAGCCACGUGCAUGAUGGGAUAUCCUGUUCUGCGUAGAAUGCUGAGGCAGUCACUACAGAACAGCCAUCAUCCAGCCUCUCAGGAGCGGCACUACCCAUAUGAACCAAGAGAGGGCUGCACUGUGAUGGUCCACGUCACUCUUGAGACUUUGGGUUCUCUAGGGACUUAGGGGUUUAGCAAUCUUAAAGUUGCCACAUCAAGGCUCUCAGGAUCCUAGAAAAAGAAGGAGUCUGCUCUUGUGCCAACUUUUGGGAAGGAAAGAGAAUCAAGAACUGGGAGGUGCUUCCAAAAUGCACAAAAUGUCCACUGCCGUCUGGCACUUGCACAGGUGACAUGCGUAUAUCCUGCAUACAGGUUAUUCCCGUGAAUCACAGUUCAUACCAACCCAACCACAUGGUAUUAUUCAUGUUUUACAGAAAGUGGACUUGGUCUUUUAAAAGCCAGACAGCUGCCCCGGUGACAGAACUGGGAAAGAUGGCGAUUGAGAUGCCACCCAACUAUAAAUGCAGUGCAGCCUCUUAGUUUUCUCAACACUGCCUCCUGCUGAGACUGGGCUGCUGAGCACUGGAACACAGGAAAGUCAGUUCUCAGGCAGCACGCCACCCAGCCAUGUCACUCCUACACGGAGCACUGGGGGGCGGGGAGGGGACCCUCCAAACUGAAAUAGGCUGUUCUCUCUCUUCACCUUCAUCCUCACCUGGAUCUGAGUUCACAACCUCAGAGCUACUCAAGAUUAACCCUUUCAUUCUCCCAGCCUACCAGAGUCACAUCGCCUGAGGCCGCAAUACAAGAGCUUCAAAGGUGCUUUCAACUAGUCUCCAACAGACUGUUUCCCGUAAUUAUCCCUUCAACCUAGAGCUGGAUCUUUUGUGAGAAGGAGGAUUCCCUGGUACCAGUCCCACUUGAUUUUCAUGCGGUGUUCAGACAAAGCUCCUGGAAAAAUGAGUAGAGUCACAGAUCCCUCUUCCUAAGCCACAUGGCGUUUUGACUGGCUUGAGAGUCACAAGCAUCACUCCCGGUUGUAAUCACCAUGUCUAGAUAAAACUCUGUCAUUCAGAAAUCGACCUUCCUCAACCGGCCCACAGUCAUGUCUGUUUAUUUCUCAGUCUACUGUGCAUUUUCUUUUGGGAACCCUUAAUUAAGAGAUGGUUUCUGGAACAUUCAAUCUAGAAGAUAAAGAGCAGAACUGAGAGAUGUCUGUGGUGUGGUUUAGCCAUACAGCUCUCUUAAGCUCAGAUGCACAGAGGUUUUGGCGACGACGACUUGUGUGCAACGCUUACUCCAGUGUCCUGCUUGGGAAGCAGGGAUUCUCUUCUGCCGGUUCCCGUCUUACAUUUCUGUAAAUGGUGCCCUGUGUUCACAGAAAGGUUUUGGUUUGAAAUGUAUUCUGUAGGUCUCGCAGUGUUGGGACCAUGUAUGUAUGCCUGGAUCAGGAGAGUAUUUAUUGCUUGGGUUCAAGAUAAAAAUACUGCAGAUAUGUCUUACCCUCUGUAGGGGCCACAAGUCAAUAGUUGCUUAUGGCAAAAAAUAAAGGUACAUAUUUUACCAA